AUGAAAGUCGUUCUGCUUAUUUUGAUUGUGUGCUCCCUCUACGAGUUUGUGCGGGCUCAGAGUGCCGCGGACUUGGCUGCCUAUAAGGCUAUGCAGCAGCAGUGCAUCACAGAACUGAAGAUAUCGGCAGCUGAGGCAACGCAAAUCGCUAGCGAUAAGUUGGUUGCCAAUCCAUCUGAGGCCUACAAGUGUUUCCACAGCUGCCUCUAUAAGAAACUGGGUCUUAUCACUGGCGAACAGCCAAACGACGCUGCUAUUCUCAAGUUCGCCCAGGCACGCUUCAGCAAGAUUUCGCAGGACAAGAUCAAGACGGAGCUGAAGGCUUGCUCUGCACCGGGUCCAGCGAAUUGCGAUUUCGUGUACAAGUAUGAGAUGUGUGUGGCAAAAGCAUUAACUGCCUAACAAUGCAUGCGUGUUGCAUAAAUGAUGGGUGAUCCGGCAAUCACGUAGUUGAAUCCCUUAAAUAAUAAAGUUAUUCUACAAUAUUAACGCAUUUACUGCAUAAUCGAGGU